AUGGCCACCAUAGGCAUAGAUAUCGGGUCCAGCUCGGUCCGGCUCUGUUACAAUGACAUCACUGUUGAUCCUGUCAUCUUUGAAUCAUGGUCAUUACCCAUUUCGAUCAAUCACAAUCAAAAUUGCAUCACCCAGUCUACAGGCGAGAUCUGGGCCGCCAUAUUGGACCUCUUCAAGAGGGUGAAUCAUUCCAAUGUGUCUGCUAUAUCCAUCACUGCCACGUGCUCCAUGGUGGUGGUGGAGCAGGCUGAAGACGGGACGCUCAGGGGGGUCAGUUUAGGUUCCGAAGACAUUGGAGGUUUCUCCGACACCGACGAUGUGCUCAUGUGGAUGGACCACAGGGCUGCAGUUCAGGCCAAGGAGUUGACUGUGCUGCUCGACAAGUCACUCAAAGAGGCAUGGAGAAUUGGUGAUAGGGCAGUUCCAGAAUUGGGGCUCCCCAAGCUCAAAUGGCUUGCGGAUAAGUGCCCAGAGCGUGAAUUGAUCUGUUUCGAGCUUCAUGAUUGGUUUACCUACCUAUUGCUCACCAACGGGGACGCUGUGGAUGUUUCUAGGGUGGUCAGCGAAUUUUCAGACCAGUCGUAUGCAUUUGAUUGCUCGAUCAAAGGGUGGUCCAGGUCAAUGCUAGCACGGUAUGGGAUCGGAUCAAAUAUCCUGGUGGGCCAUAGUGGCAUCAACUUACGUGCUGGUGAGUUUCUCCCGUCUGCUGGUACUGUGCUUGGUAACUUACAUGACAAUCUUGUUGGAUCGCUCAGCAAGCAGCCCAUCAAAGUUGUGAAUGGGUGCAUCGACUGCUAUGCCGGGUGGUUUGCUACCAUCAUUGCCCCUGAGGAUCUCUUCAGCUCCCGCCCGUCCACGGCCAAUUUGUCGAUGGUAGCCGGAACAUCUACGUGCUUUUUGCUCUCGCAAUAUGGAAAUGUGCACCCUCAAGUUCCAGGAAUUUGGGGCCCUUUCAACCAGUUCUUGAGUCUGCCACAGUUAGGCUUGUAUGAGUUUGGCCAGCCUGCAACAGGAAAGCUUUUUGAGAGGUUAUUUUUGAAUUUCAAAGCCCUAACCUACGAUGCUAACGGCCUCAGGCUGGGAAUUUUUGAAGAGCUUGAGGCAAAAACUGUCGAGCUCGAACGCACACGAGGUACCUCAACCCACCAGCUCCUUCGGUACUAUUUUUAUUACGGGGAUGUGUUCGGAAACCGCAGUCCAUACAACGACUUUUCAAUGGGGGAAAUGAUCAUAGAUGGGGGUAAUGCCGCCAAUUGGACGAACCUCCAGCACCCCAACGAGAUGGCUAGCCCCGAGACCCGCUUGGUGAUCCACUUCAACUUGAUUCUUGAAUUUUUGUCGUUUCAAACAAAACAAUUAAUUGACAAAAUGGUGGCCAGCGGAUCGUGCAUCACUGGGUUGGUUGUUUGCGGGUCUCAGAGCAAGAACACACGGUUUCUACAGUUAUUGGCUAGCGUUACGGGCAUUGAUGUGCAUCGCAUCCAUGACGGAUAUGAUGAGUUUAGAGUGGUGAAAGGUGCGUCGAUCCUCGCAGCCUUGGGUCACCAAUUGCAUGUUGGUGAUGGGUGCAAGGCCUACCAGGAAGUGGUGAAGGAUACCCUUGAGGGGUACGUGCCACGGGAGGUCGAGAUCAUCAAGCCUCAGGACCACGACAAAGCGUUGCUCCAGGCCAAAUUCGAGGUCUUUCUCGACAUGGCCAGCCAGCAGCUCCGGUACCGGGAAAAGAUCGAUCUGGCUGAACAGAACUAG